GCGCGCUACACGGAAGUUGUAUUUUCUUUGUGUUUCUCCCUUUAGCGUCGUUUAACAUAAAGAAAGUAACACGUUAUCUUUGUUAUGCACGAAGUUAUAGAGUUUUAUUGACCGCGGUGUAUCACUAAGCAACGGAGCUGUGUAUACGUGUCAGUAUUUGCCUGGUUUGAUGAUGGGCGAGCGGAUUAUUUUGCAGAGAGUUUGUUAACCCCGGUCAGAAAGCUAGCGUGUUAGCCGUGUCUAUGCACUACUGUAAACUGAGCAGAACGACGCAGCUGCAGGAUCAGACCAAUUAAAAAAAAUCUAUAAGCUGUUGUUUAUCUACUAGCGUUAACCAAAACGGAGAAAAUGCAUCGAACACGCGAAUCCACCUCAUGAUCUCUGCAAUAGAGAUCUUCUUCAGGAGUAGGAAUGGACGAGCAGAAAUCAAACUGCGAAGAAAAUGAUUCAGAAACUGCAGCUGAUGAUGGGACCCCUGCAAAGGAGAGCGUCCAAGUUGAGGGGGAACUGAGUGGCCCUGUAGCUGCAGAGGACAUCUCAGGCACUACUGUGGACACUUCCAGCUCAUCAUUGGAGACUGUCAGGGCCUGUGCUCUUUGUAACUGUGUGGAGCGUAGUCUGCAUGGACAGCGGGAGCUCCGGUGUUUUGGACCCUCUUCCGAUUGGCCCAGCUUGGAGCCCUCUGCCUCCUUUUUGCCAGCAGCUGGAAACGAUGACCUGUCUUCCAUUGGAUUCUCUGAAUCCACCUGUCUGGCAUCUCUCUUUGAUGACACAGCUACCAUCCGGUGCCGGGCCGAAGGCUGCUCACGGUUCUACCACUUCCCCUGUUCGGCUGCAAGUGGAUCAUUCCAGUCCAUGAAGCAGCUGGCGCUCCUCUGUCCAGAGCACAUAGACAAGGCCGAGGAGUUUGCCGGAGAGGAAGCGCGGUGUGCAGUGUGCGACUCCAUCGGGGAGCUGUCGGGUCUGCUAUACUGUACGGGCUGUGGGCAGCACUAUCAUGAUGCCUGUCUAGAGAUCAGUGCCACACCACUUCAGCGGUCAGGUUGGCAGUGUCCUGAGUGCAAGGUGUGCCAGACCUGCAGGCAACCAGGGGAGGAUUCAAAGAUGCUGGUUUGCGAUGCUUGUGACAAGGGCUACCACACCUUCUGUCUACUGCCGGCCAUGGACUCUGUGCCCCCUGAUUCAUGGAAGUGCAAACGGUGCCGUGUGUGUAUUGACUGUGGCAUGCGAGGGCUAAAGCUUCCUGGCUCUGAACAGUGGUUUGAGAGCUACACAGUAUGCGAGGGCUGUCAGCGCAGGCGCACCUCUGUCUGCAGUGUGUGCAGUAAGGCCACGGAGCCCUCAGUCUCCCUGAAACAUCGCUGUGCCAUCUGCCACAGAUGGGUACACAGUGAUUGUGCCUCUCUGUCAGGGCCUCCUGAGGAGAAAUGCAUCUGUGUGCUCUGCAAAGCAAUGCCAGAUGAGGUUCCAAUCGAGUCUGAAGUGUCAUCCACGCAAGUAGAUGAGAAAGCUGAUUUGGAGGUGCCAAUGGAAUUGGGGACAGAGCUUGAGGUGGUUGGAACAGCAGAAGUGAAAGAAAGCAUUAUGGAGGAGGAACUACAGCAAGAAGGUGCUGAGGGCUCCACAGAGACUAAUGUGCACAGUGAGGUCUCUACAGAGCAGCAGGCCCCUUUAGCUACAGUUUCAGAAGCUGAUGAAAAACAAAAAGAGGAGACGACUACCAUUGAAACAGUGGCUACAGAGGCCAUUGAGGAAAAAUCAGUGGACACUCAGGACCCUCCUGUGAAGGAUAGCCCAGACAGCCCUGUUCCGGACACUAGAGAGGAAGCCCAACUUGAUGUAGCUGAAACUCACAUAGAAAAGCAGGAGGAGUUGCAAGGGCAAGACAGUACUCCUCAGACAGAGACUGAGUUGGUCAGCACAGAUGAGGCUACAGAAACGAACCCUCCAACAAGCCUAUGUUCUCAGUCUUCUCAAAUCACACUCCCUGUUUUGGAAGCAGCAGAGCCAGUUGUUAUGGACUUGGAGGAGCCAUGGCAAGAGGAGGCAAUAGACCGGACUCUUACCCCUGCUCCUCAGACAGAAAUGCUCCCUGCAUCUGACACUGAUGAUAGAAUGGGCCAGUCUGAGGAUGAAGAAGAGGAGGAUGAGCAGGGGGUGGAGGAAUCCUUUGAGGAGUCGCUCCUCAAAGAUGAGAGUCAGGGGGAAGAUGACCAGUCCAGGAAAGAGCUGCAAGAGGCUAUGAAGCCGGAGCUGGUCUUCGAUGAGACAUCAAACAUUAGCCACGGUGAUGAGAGCAGCAGCGGUUUCCUCGGCUCGCCUGCUGAGGCAGACUCUCAGAUGCUGUCCAUGGAGCUCAGCCUGGUGCCAGCCGGUAGGACCCGUUCUGAUUCGCUGCUCACCGAAACGGAGGACUCAUUGCCUUUUGAUCCACUGAAGCCCGAUGGAGAUAAAGUGAAGCGCAGAGGUUCUCCAGGACGCUCACGGGUAAAACAGGGCAGAGGCAGUGGUUUUCCAGGGAAGCGGCGGCCACGUGGUGGUGGUGGUAGCGGCGGCGGCAGUAGUGGUGGAAGAGGGCGUGGACGGUCACGUCUCAAAGCAAUGGCCUCUUGCAUUGAUGCCUUUCUACAAACCAUGACUGCAGACACUGGACUUAGCAAAGAAGAAGAUGAGGAGGAAGAUGACACCAUGCAAAAUACAGUGGUACUUUUCUCCAACACUGAUAAGUUUGUCCUGCAGCAGGACAUGUGUGUAGUGUGUGGUAGUUUUGGACAGGGUGUGGAGGGCCAGCUUCUAGCUUGUGCUCAGUGUGCACAAUGUUAUCAUCCAUACUGUGUGAACAGCAAGAUCACUAAGAUGAUGUUGAGAAAAGGCUGGCGUUGUCUUGAGUGCAUUGUGUGCGAGCUGUGUGGGAAGGCUUCAGAUCCUGCCCGUUUGCUGCUUUGUGAUGACUGUGAUGUCAGCUAUCACACUUAUUGCUUGGACCCACCCUUACAGACUGUGCCCAAGGGAGGCUGGAAGUGCAAAUGGUGUGUGUGCUGUAUGCAGUGUGGUGCUAGCUCCCCUGGGUUCCACUGUGAGUGGCAAAAUAACUACAAUCACUGCGGCCCUUGUGCCAGCCUGGUAACUUGUCCUGUGUGUCGUGAGAACUUCAUGGAAGAGGAGCUGCUUCUGCAGUGCCAGCACUGUGACAGAUGGGUUCAUGCUGUAUGUGAAAGUCUUUACACUGAGGAUGAGGUUGAACAAGCAUCUGAUGAAGGCUUUGCCUGUACAGCCUGCACUCCAUAUGUUCCCAGGCCUGUUGUGGGGUCUACUAUGAUGUCAGCCUACAAAAUGAAAGAACAGGAGCCACAAUUUUAUCGUCUGGAGGGAGUCUGGCUAACAGAGACUGGCAUGUCUUUAUUGCGAAGCAUGUCCAUGUCACCCCUGCACAAGCGCAGACAGCGCCGGUCUCGACUGGGCACCAUGUGUAUUGAUGAGCUGAAAGAAGGCGAUGCAGAUGGUGACGAGGGGAAAGGAGGUGCAGAACCAAUGGAAUGUGAGCCCAAGCUGGAAGCCCCUGGGAGCCCAGAUAGAGAUGGAGGAGUGGACAGAGAAACUGGGGCAGAUGGAGGUAUAGAGGGCAUGGCUGACUGUGAAACUCUCAAAGGAGGAGUUGAGGAGACUGAAGACGGGAAGAAGAGAAAGCGUAAACCAUACAGACCAGGGAUUGGAGGGUUCAUGGUCCGGCAAAGAAAGUGUCACACACGAAUGAGGAGAAGUCUGUCUGCUUCUGGUGAUGGUGUUCCUGAAGGUCAAGCAGCUGAAAUGAAACUUGAAGAAGGACCUCAUCCUGACAUACCUCUUGAUGUUCCAGAGGCAAAAACAGCAGAGGGAGAGGGUGAGCAAGCAAAGAAGCGCAGGGGCAGAAAGAAGAGCAAGUUGGAGGACAUGUUUCCUGCAUACCUACAGGAGGCUUUCUUUGGCAAGACAUUACUCGAUCAGAGUAAGAGAGCUUUUCUUGCUCCUCAAACCCAAAGACAUACGCAGGGCGUUCUGAGACCUCCACUCCCUGGGCAGGGGGCCAGAAAUGCAGCCUCUGAACCUUUUGAGGCCGCAGCCAGGCCGACUGGUCUGCCCAUAGAGCUAAAGCAAGAGGGUGAGGGAUCCAAGCCUCCAGGAGAUCGAGCAGCAGAAGAGCAAGGAGCAAGUGGGCAACUUUCCAACAAAAAUCAGAGCUCAGGAGAUACACAAGGGUCUGAUGUACAGAAGAAUGAAGAUCUCCCUCAGGGACUAGAAAGUCAGGACUCUCAGCAGUUUUUCCGGAAAGUACUUGGACCCACUGAGGGAAUAACCGCAAGUGGGCCUCUGCAGCCUAGCAUUAAGCCUGUUCGGGAGGGUGAUUCAAAUCAAAGUAGUUGCCCUCAAAGAAACCUUCUAGGUGCAUCCUUAUCUGGCGCACUCCCCACAACUAGUAUGAUGGACUCUUUUUCAGGUCUCUCCCAGUCCCCUUUUUUCGACAUACGUGAUCGAGGUGGUCUUUUCAGUCCAGACCAGGAUGAGGAAAGCCCAUGGGCAACACCAUCCACUCCAGCCACCCCUUCCACUCCUCCAACUCCUACUGAACAGGAAGGUGAUGGCCUCUCCUACAAUCAGCGCAGUCUGCAGCGUUGGGAGAAGGAUGAGGAAUUGGGAAAUCUAUCUACCAUCUCGCCUGUACUAUAUGCUAACAUGAACUUCCCUAGUUUCAAACAGGACUACCCUGACUGGGCCAGUCGCUGUAAACAAAUAAUGAAGAUUUGGAGGAAGGUAUCAGCAGCAGACAAGGUUCCUUAUCUGCAAAAGGCCAAAGAUAAUAGGGCUGCUCAGAGAAUAAAUAAGGCACAGAAGCAGGCAGAGAGUCAAGUAUGUCGGCCUAUCAAAACUGAGCCUGGCUGUAUUAAAGGGGAGCGCCCUAAUCUGCACCUCCAAAUUCCCCCACCCUCAGGCUCUGUAUCCACACCCUCCCAGCCGAGCUCUGCUGAGAGUCCUUACCCUCUUGCCCCUGACUCUGCAUCUUCAGCCUUUUUUCCCGAUGGACCACUCAAGACUCCUUGCUCAGCUGAUGUGCAGACAGACCCAUUUUCUAAACUUCCCUCUCAGUCUCCGCACCUUCAGUCUCAGCCAUCCACCCCAUACUCACAUCCUUCUUCCAGCCCCUUGCAGGCCUCUUCCUCAGGAUAUCCUAUGCCUGGCCCACAGGGUGCUACUCAGGGACGGCCAGCCAACUUUGGCUCCCUUGACAUGCAACCAGGGACUCCUCGCAGGGCCCAGCAGGUUGACCCAUUCUUUAAAUCACAACAGCAGAUCCCCAAACCUCAGCAGCCCUCUCAGGAGGCCUUAGGUCCACCUGAGAGUCCUCGAUCUAGGCCUGGAGACUCGCAGAUGUUCUCACCACCUCAUACAGGCCUUUGUGGUGACCCUUACCGUGGCCAGCAUGGAGCUAGCCGACAAGAUCAUGCUUCAUCUCCAUCACCAUAUGCGAUAGCUUCUUCACCUGCUGGGGUGGGUCCAAAUAGGGCAGAAAUUAAUGCCCCAUCUCCAUGUUCUUCAUUUGGCAGACAAGACCUAAGCUCUGGUUCUCCUGCUAGUUUGGACUCUGAAGAUGGGCUAUUUAAAGCUCCCAUGACACCUCGUAUGCAUCAGGGGGAUGCAGGUGGAUUACCUGUUUCACACCCUCCAGGUGCCUCUCCUAAUCAUCCUCCUGAGAGCUACCGCCAAUCGCCCUCUACGUUCUCUGACCCUUACGCCCAGCCUCCUCUCACACCGCGACCUCAAUCGGGUGACGGCUCCUCUCCUCUACCCCAGAGGCUUCCUGCGCCUCAGCAAGAAACAUACUCAAGAUUGCCUUCCAGCCCUCAGUCACGAGGCAGUUCUCAGUCGCCUCUCACACCAGGAGCCAUUUCCAAUGAUGUGCUUUCUGUGCAGUCACCAGCCACUCCACGCUUCCAGUCACCUGACCCCUACUCCCGCCCACCUUCACGACCUCAGUCCAGAGAUUCCUUCACUUCGUUGCAUAAACCCCCCCGCCCAUCUUCUGUAGCACCAGAAGGUAACUCUCCCUUUAGAGGCUCACCUCAUCCUAGCCAGCAACCCCCCUGCUCACCCUCAGUAGCAGAUCCGCUCUCUGGAAAACCCCCUGCUUUCAGCUGCAGUCCUGGUGUAGGGCUUCAAAUGGGCCAGCAACAAGUAAUUGGCCAGCAGCAGAUGAUGACUCCUCAGCAAGCUCAGGUCCACCUCCAGCAGCCACAGUCCCAGACACAACCAGUGGGUGCUGAAUUUAACUCAAGAAUAGCACUUACACCUGGAAACCAAGAAGCAAGUGUGCGGGCAACAGAUGCUCCACAUUUACCCAACUUGCCAGGGGUGCAGGAUAUGUCAGACCUGUCAGCUGGACAGGAUCCAGCUCUCAUGAGCCUUAGUCCAUCCGAGUUAGAAAAGCACAGACAGAGGCAACGAUUAAGAGAGUUUUUAAUAAGACAAAAAAUGCAGAGAAACUCACUCCGCCAAGAGAAGGAAGCACCUGUGGUGGGUAAUCCUGCUCAGAGUUGGCCAGGUGUGGAAAUGCCGGCCUUUCAGCAAGACAAAAGCCAGCGAGCACCACCUCCUUACCCUCAGGACAGAGCUGUGGUUGCUCAGGCAGCCCUUGCCACCAGGAUGCCUCCGCCAGUGGGAGCAAUGGAUGAAAAGCUCUGCCGCCCACCUCCUCCUGGAACACCAGCAACUAUGGACCCCAGUGCAUUAAGGCAAGCUGGGCCCAAUAUUUCUCAGGGGAUGUAUCCUCGUCCACCAUUUCCUGCACAGUGGCAAAACCAAGGUGCUCCGCGGAGGUUCCCACAGCCAUCUAUGAUGGAAGCCGUUCCCAGACAGCACCUUAAUACUCCCAUCAACAAUCCUCUUAACAUACAGUCCAUGCAGAAUGUGCCCAAUCCUUUGACGGGGGUUCCAGGCACUGGCGCAGAGGCUGUACAAAGCCAUGUGUCGGGAGCUCCACCUCAGUUUAUAGAGCUGAGGCAUAAUUCCCAGAGGAUGCCACUGGGUCCUCAGUUUAUGCAAAGGGCGCCUAUACCGAGACCACGCAUGUUUCUUCCACAGCAGGAAAUGAAUGCUGCUUUUGUUCAGCAGAAUUUUCCCCCUUCUCUCGAUGCUUCAGCGAAGGGAACGCGUGAUCCCAGAAUUGGGUUACAGCAGGGUGGCAUGGACCUACUGAUGCAACAACAAAGCAAUGUACCCCCUUCUCAGUCUCAACUACAGCCACAGCAGGUGCCAACUACUAUACCCAAAACUCCCAUUUCUCACACUACUACUCAACAGCUUCGUCAAACAAGUACAAUAGGAGGUCAGCAGACUGUUGUGAAUCCAGUUGACCUACCUGAGUCUGACCUAGGGCUGGGUGAUACAGUGGCAGAAACCGGAGUGGAGGAUGAUGAUCUUGCUACUCUUGACCUGGAUCCUGAUAAGGGUGAUGAUGAUUUGGCAAACCUUGACAAUCUUGAGACCAAUGAUCCUCAUUUGGAUGAUCUGCUCAACAGUGAUGAAUUUGAUUUGCUGGCUUACACUGACCCUGAGCUUGAUCAGGGUGAUCCCAAAGAUGUUUUCUCUGACCAAUUACGACUUGUGGAAGCAGAGGGGGAAGGACCAGGGUCUUCUGCUAAAGUAGAAAUCAAGGUUGAAGAGAAACCAAAAGUGGAUAUAGCUUCCCAGGACAUGCACACAACUGCCACUCAACCACCUUUAAAGACUGAGACUUCAUCUACCAAAACGCCGAAGGUAGAGUCUUCUGAUGUCAUUAGGCUAUCCUCUGUAAAACUUGAAGACAAGGGAUUGAUUGAACAACCACAGUCAGGACAAGCUCCUGUUAAAGAUGACAUUAGUGAAACAGUGUCUGUUUUGCUUAGUGGAACAAAAGCCUCUAAUCAACCAGAGACUGCAACUGCUUCAUUGAACACAGUCCGUUUAGGUGGCAUACCUUUUCCUCUUCCCAGCCAAGCAGAUGCACUGUCUUUUCCACCAACUGCACCACAUCCGGACCUGGGUGAUGAUCCACUUGGAUUGCCAGAUGCUGGCCACCACUCUGCAGCAGAUGAUCUUGACAAAGUAGAAAGCUCACUGGAAGCGAGUGAACUACCUUUGUUAAUACAAGAUCUUUUGGAACAUGAAAAGAAGGAGCUUCAGAAGCAACAACAGCAGCAGCAGCAAAGUGCUCUACAAGGAGGGAUUGGUAGUCAACUUCACAGCAUUCAGAAUCAGCAACAGCCUCCACAAGGGUCAAAUCAAAUUAUGAUGCCACAGCACCACCAUCCAUCCCAAGGCAUAGUGCCUCAAGCUGGUAUGGUGCCCAGGCCACCUCACAUGUUACCACAACAGCAGCAGAGGUUAAUUGGUGCUGCAGUGCCUUCACCUCCCCAUGCAGCGAUGGGACAACAGCAAGGCAUUUUACGGGGUGUACAGCCUGGUAGAAUUCAUCCUGGUCUUACUCCUCAGCAGCAGACAGCACCACCUCCACAUAUUGUUAAACAGCAGAACUUGGCCAGCAACUUUUUCCCAGAUAAAGAUCUGGAUAAAUUCAUGACAGAUGAUAUAAAGGAUCCUAUUGCGAAGGCUAAAAUGGUUGCACUGAAAGGAAUUAAAAGGGUGUUGGCUCAAGAUCCUAUGGGUGUACCACCAGGAAUUAAUAGGCAACAAGCGUCUCUUUUGGCUCAGAGGCUAACCUCUGCCCCUGGAAAUGAGGAUUCCCAGGCUCAGCUUGCUCCUGGGUCUUCCAAGGAGGGAGAAGGCAGCAACCAGGUUCAAACAAGACCAAAUCCUCCGCAAUUUGGCAUCAUCAAUGAUGCUGAGCAGCACCAAUAUGAAGAAUGGCUUGUGCACACCCAGCAGUUGCUGCAAAUGCAGUUGAAGUUCUUAGAAGAGCAAAUUGGAGCACAUCGUAAAUCCCGUAAAGCUCUGUGUGCCAAGCAGCGCACCGCAAAGAAAGCUGGACGUGAAUUUGCAGAAGCGGAUGCUGAAAAGCUCAAACUGGUCACUGAGGAACAAAGUAAGAUCCAGAAACAGUUGGACCAGGUGCGUAAACAGCAAAAGGAGCACACCAAUCUUAUUGCAGAGUACCGAAGCAAGCAACAACAGCAUCAGCAAGGGUCUUCCAUACUAGCUCCAGGGCCCUCUACGCAGGCACCCCACGUGCUUUCCAAGAUGCCUGGACAAAUGAUGAUGGGACAACAAGGAGCACCAAUUAUUGGUCAACCGCCUGGAGGAAUGCCUCAAGUAGGGAUGCCUCAAGGAGGCAUGCCAGUUAGAAUGCCACAAAUGCAACCUUUUGGUGGAGCCCAGCCUUCUCUCCCACUUGGACCUGGCACUGUGCAACCAGUGCCACCUCCUGUUUUUUUCCAACAAGCCCCUGGAGCACAAGGACCAGAUUCAAGAGUCAUACAGGAACGACAGUUACAGCAUAGAAUGCAAAUGGUCCAAAAAAUGCAGCAGCAACAGCAACAACAGUUGAUGAUGGGACAGCAGCCUAUGUCACAUCAACCUCAGCAGCCUGGUAUAAUGAAUCCGCAGCCUGGAGCCAUGGGCAACCAGCCAACCCAAGUUUUGAUGGGCAAUAUGGGGCAGCAGCAACCAAGCUUACAACAAGGAUUAAUGAAUAACCAGCAAAAUCAGCAGGGGUUAAUGCAAACGACUCCAGGUAUGAUGGGAAACCAGGCUAUUGGGCAGACGCAACAUAAUGUCAUGGGCCAGCCAAUGCCUCAAACCGUAAAUAUGAUUGCAGGCCAGCCACAGGGUAUGGUUGGUAAUCAACAAAUUGUUCAGCAGCUUCAGAGACCUCAGGGCUUGAUGGAUCAGCACGGGCCAGGUGGACAGCAUGUUGUUAGGGGGCCACCAACCCAACUCACGCCGCAACAACAGAGUGUAAUGGCUCAGCGCAUGCUCAUGUCACAACAGCAACAGAAUUCUGCAAAAAACCUUGUUCAACUUCAGCAGCAACAAAUUUCACAACUGAAACAACCAAUGCAGGUUGGUCCUUCUGAGCCACAAAGAGCUUUAGAAACUCCACAAUCAGGGAAUACCCAAGGGGUUACUGAGAACUUACAGCAAGGUGUCCAAGAUCUUCAAAAUCCUGAUCAUAAAGAUGGAGGACUACUUAGUCCAAAAACACCGCCCCAGCAGGGUGGACCUCCUACACCACUUCAGAUGCAACAACAGGGAUCUAGUGGAGAGCAGCAAAGUGGUGUUGGACAGCCACAGCAAGCACAUGCUUUUCUGGGCCAACAACAGACAGCACAGCCUCAGCCAAACCAGAAUAUUGGAGUAGCAGAACAACAUGGUUUUGUGGGCAACCAACAGGCUGGAUCUCAUCUUAAAGUACAACCACAGCAACAACAGAUGCAACUUGGUCUUCAGACCCAGAACACCAUACAAAUAAAACAGGAAGAUCAGCAAAUGUGCAUUAUGGCACAACAGCAAGCUGGUCAGAUUGCUGCACAACAACCACAGGAUGUACUUGGCCAAAAUAGUGGUCAGACUCAAACUACAAUGACCGGCAUUACAAAUCAACAGCAGCAAGCUCUCUUGACUCAACAGAUGGGCAUUCCUAGAGGCCAGCAGAUGAUGAUGAUUCCAAGGCCUGGUGCACCGACAGGGCAAAUACGUGCCCCUAUUAACAUUCAGGCCUUCAUUGCACAGAACCCCCAACUGCGUCACCUGACUCCCAACCAACAGUUGCAGCAAAUUCAGGCAAUGAUUGCUCAGCGACAGCUACAACAAGGCCAGAUGCUAAGAAUGCAAGGUCAGGCUCAGGGACAAAUGCGUCCCCAGGUCCCACAGGGGCCACCAGUUGGUCCACGGAUGCCAGGUCUUGAAACCCAACAACAGCAGCACUGCUUUGGAUUAGCAGGCAAACACGGUCCAGCUGGCACUCAACAGCAAUCAGGAGCAAUGGGACAAUCAUCUGGUAUGGCUUCACAGUUUCAUCAAGGUGUUUCGGGGGCUAUGCAGCAACCUUCUCAAGGACCUUUGCCUCAGUACAUCAUUAGUGCCCAGCAGCAGCAGAUGUUACAACAGCAACAAUUACAUCAGCAUCAGAUGAUGAGGGGUCAAGUGCCCAGGCCAGUAAUGGGUCAUAUUCGUGCCACAGCACCUGGACAUAUGGCUAGACCGAUGUCUCCUCGCCAGUUAGUGGGUCAGGGUUCUCCUGGAAGCCCGCUUUCUAAUCAGCAAAGGCUCAUGAGAAUUUGUCAGACUCCACCAGGCCCCCAGCACCUUCAGCAACAGCAGGCCCAUGUGGCAACAGCACUGAGCCCCUUUCAAGCCUCUCCAUCUCAUGCGCGUUCUCCUGCAGGGUCUUCUGUUCCAGAACCUGGUUCAAGCCCAGCAUCUGUACAUAAACCUGAGCCGGACACCUUCUCCCUCUCUAGUCACUUGUCAUUGCCUUCUAGGCCAGAAAAUGUUGUAGGAAAGAGUAGCCCCUUUAGCCAGAGAGGGGGAUCAGUAGCUUCACCUUUGAGAUCUCCAAUUGCCAAGACUCAGAGCCCCAAUUCUGAAAAUCUAUCAGCUCCUUUUCCACUCAAUGGUCCGUCUCCUCAGUCAGCACAGAACCCACACCAAGCAACAACUGCUGCCCAAGUAUCUGACAGUCAUAUGUCUCAACCAACUCAACUGCUCAGUAAAAUAACACUGCAAAACAUCAAACAGGAACCACGUGAAGUCCAAUGUGACACAGGAGGCUCUAGAUGUCAAGCAGGAGAUCUUGGAUCCCAAAUUCAAAGGACAGAGACUGGCCAACAGCUUCUACAGAAACUUCUUCGAACCAAAAACUUACAAAUGGCUUCUCAGAGGCCCUCAGAUGGCAUUCAUAAUGAGAUAAAUGGGCACAUCAAUAGCAAGCUGGCAAUGCUGGAGCAAAAGCUUCAAGGAACUCCACGCAACAUGGAGGAUCUGCAGUCACUCACAAAGAGAACUCCAAUAGUCAAGGCCAAACGUACCACAAAAGCUGGAGAGCGUGGGCCAAACUCUAGAAAGAAAACCAAGAAAGAAGAGGUUGGAAAAACUGAGGCAAUAAUGAAGCAGCUGAAACAAGGACUUUCUCUUCUUCCUUUGAUGGAGCCCUCCAUUACUGCUAGUCUGGAUUUGUUUGCUCCUUUCGGCAGCAGUCCAGCCAAUGCUAAGGCCCAGUUAAAAGGCUCAUUUGGAAAUGCUAUGCUGGACAACAUUCCAGACUACUAUUCCCAACUUCUUACAAAGAACAACCUCAGCAAUCCUCCAACACCACCAUCAUCCCUUCCUCCAACUCCACCACCUUCUGUGCAGCAUAAGCUUCUAAAUGGAGUGACACCUGUAGAAGAACUAGCAGAAGGUCAGAAAGAGACCGAGGCAUCAGAGGAUACCAUGGGUUCUGUUCCAGAAGAAGUUAAGAGUGUGGACAUACUAGCAGCUCUCCCUACUCCACCUCACAAUCAAAACGAAGAUAUACGGAUGGAGAGCGAUGAGGACAGUGAUGCUCCAGACAGCAUUGUGCCCGCAUCCUCACCUGAAAGCCAACUAGGUGAUGAGACAACACGCUUCCCCCAUCUGUUGGAUACCAAAGAGGAGGACGAUGAGAGGGUCAUCUCUCCUGUUAUACCCAUUAUUCCUCGUUCUGCCAUCCCAAGUUUUCCCGAGACAAAACCAUUUGAGUCAGUGGAUGGAAAAGUUGUAGCCUCAUCCAGCCAGUGGGACAAAACCAAAAGCAAUGAAGUGGCUGUAACCUUCAUGCUUUCAUCAGCUGCAGCAAAGAAUCUCAACACAGUGAUGUUGGCUGUUGCCCAACUGCUGCACAUACGUAUGCCAAGUUCUUACGAGGCGGCUUUUCCCCAGAGUCCAGGUAGAGCAGGUGUUGAACCUGGGAAAGUACCUGACGCUUCCAACCCAGGUAUGAAGGCGGACCCUUCUGCAAGCCACGAUACAGAAUGGCUUAGGCAGUUUGAUGUUUCCCUCCCAGGGUGUACCCUGAGGAAACAAGUUGAUAUUCUUGCUUUCAUCAAACAGGAAUGCCAAGAGCAAGAAGAUAGACCUGCUCAGCACUGUUACAUGACGAAUGUUUCAGAUCUGGAUGUGCGCCACCUGCCUGUUAUUCCUGUCGAGGUUUCUCCACCUCCAUCACCAUCGCCACCUCCACCUCCACCCCCAUCAUCUGCUGUAGCUGAGCCAGAAAAUAUCACUCAACCUGAGCCCAAACCUGAACCAGAUGCACCAAUUCAGACUGCAUCAUCCCCUUCCGCAAGCCUAAGUGCACCUGUCAAAACUGAAUCUAUAAUUAAAUUGGAGUCUCACAGCUCCCCUGUUGCACUGGAGUCUGAAUCUCAGGAGCCUGUGGUCCUUCCCCAAGCUGCUCCAUCAGAAGAACAACAACCUUCUGCUCCAGCCAGUUCUCCCCCUCUAGACUCCCCCACAAUGGAGAUGUCCCUCAAACCCAUCAAACACCGUAGCAGGCCACUUUCUGAUGAAGAAGAAGAACGACCCAAGGUCAAAAAAUGGAAGGGUCUGCGCUGGAAGCGUCUCCAGAUAGUCAUCACUAUUCGCAAGGGAGGCUCUAAGAAAGAGAACAGCCGUGAAGUUUCCGAGCUCAUGGAGCGCCUCCGCAUUACGCUGAAACCAGACAAGCUUCCCCGAGACAAGCGCAAGUGCUGUUUCUGCCACGAGGAGGGAGAUGGUGCCACAGAUGGUCCUGCACGCUUGCUUAACAUCGAUGUUGAUCUGUGGGUGCAUCUUAACUGUGCUCUGUGGUCCACUGAGGUGUAUGAGACCCAGGGCGGUGCACUUAUUAACGUGGAGGUUGCCCUUCGGCGUGGACUACGCACCCGCUGUGCCUACUGUCAGAAGACGGGUGCUACUAACAGCUGCAAUCGUUUGCGCUGCCCGAAUGUUUAUCAUUUUGCCUGUGCCAUCCGGGCACGCUGCAUGUUUUUCAAAGACAAAACUAUGCUCUGCACCCAGCACAAGCUUAAAGGCCCCAGUGAGGAGGAGCUUAGCAGUUUUGCUGUUUUUCGACGCGUCUACAUCGAGCGAGAUGAGGUGAAGCAGAUCGCAAGCAUCCUGCAACGUGGCGACCGCAUUCACAUGUUCCGUGUUGGCGGGCUCAUCUUCCAUGCCGUGGGCCAGCUCUUGCCCUCUCAGAUGGCUGCGUUUCACUCACCCACUGCUAUCUUUCCAGUGGGCUAUGAGGCCACACGCAUUUACUGGAGCACUCGUGUGCCAAACCGCAGGUGUCGCUACCGUUGUCGCAUCAGUGAGCAGGAUGGCAAGCCCCUGUUUGAAGUGCGUGUACUGGAGCACGGGUAUGAAGACCUGCAUUUCCGAGACCCCACUCCAGAUGGAAUUUGGUCCAAGAUUGUGCAGCAGGUUGCCAAGCUGCGUGAUGAAGCAGCCAUGUUGAAACUCUUCACCGAGCAUGUCAAGGGAGAGGAGAUGUAUGGACUCACUGUCCAUGCAGUGAUGCGAAUCACCGAAUCGCUUCCUGGUGUGGAAAACUGUCAGAAUUAUACGUUCCGAUAUGGCCGCCAUCCUCUCAUGGAGCUUCCACUCAUGAUCAAUCCUACAGGCUGUGCACGAUCAGAACCCAAAAUUCUCACCCACUGCAAAAGGCCUCAUACUCUGAACAGCACGAGUAUGUCCAAAGCCUAUCAGAGCACAUUUACAGGAGAGAUCAACACCCCGUAUAGCAAGCAGUUUGUUCAUUCUAAAUCUUCUCAAUAUCGUCGGUUGAAGACAGAGUGGAAGAACAAUGUGUACCUGGCCCGUUCUCGCAUUCAAGGACUGGGUCUGUACGCCGCGAAAGACCUUGAAAAACACACCAUGGUCAUUGAGUACAUUGGCACCAUAAUUCGCAAUGAGGUUGCAAAUCGCAGAGAGAAGAUUUACGAGGAGCAGAACCGUGGGAUCUACAUGUUCCGCAUUAAUAACGAGCAUGUGAUUGAUGCCACCUUAACUGGCGGUCCUGCCCGUUAUGUUAAUCAUUCUUGUGCACCCAACUGUGUCGCGGAAGUUGUGACGUUCGACAAAGAGGACAAGAUCAUCAUCAUAUCCAGUCGCAGGAUCCCAAAGGGUGAAGAGCUGACAUAUGACUAUCAGUUUGACUUCGAGGACGAUCAGCACAAGAUCCCCUGCCAUUGUGGAGCCUGGAAUUGCAGAAAGUGGAUGAACUAACAGGGACAGAGAAAGAGUCCGACCCGUCUUUGCUCCCUGGUGCCAGAACACUCCUGCGCCAAAGCCUGUUAUAUUCUUACUAUCCAGUUAAUAAGCUGCUCUAAAUUGAGGAAGAAAAGUUCACUCUCAGUCACCUGAACGACAAGACUUUGUUAUUCACAACAAGAGCCAAAGCUUUGAAGAGUAAACUUUUGAUGCCACAACCUUUUACAGAUGAGCUCAAAGGUAUUGGACCUGCGUGAAUCUUUCGUGUUGAUUAAAAAGUACACCUCUGCCAAAAGCACCUCUACUUCCUCCACUGUUUCCUCCUACAAUAAGCUGACUCUGGCUGCAAUCGAUCCCUUCGACAUCUACCAAAAUACCUGAAGCUAUAGCAUAUCAAUACACUUAGACUAGAACUCAGUGAAGAUGUUUGAUUAAAGCCAUGCAAGUACUCAAAAAUGAACUAGUACACUUUAGCUUGGACCUAUCCUUUCCGCUACCACCCUUUCCGUCACCCCAGACGAACGCUUUCCCAUCAAAUCAUCAAUGAAGAUCGUGGACAUUGGCAAGACAAUCCUGGAGUGGCUCUGCGUAGAACUGUGACGAGAUAUGAUAACGUCGAAAUACUAUUGACCUGUGGCUCGAAAGGCACCAGAUGUUUUAUUAUAUUGAGUUAAAAGGUGGGUUUAUUUCACCCAGUCUACCUCAUUGAGUUUGUGGGACGUCACUGCUUUGUAUUAAAACUGUUAAGUGCUACUGUGGAAAGGGGAAGGCAGGAAUGUGUUCAUGGCAAUUGCCUUCUCGGAUAAGCAGGGAAACUUAAGCAGCAGGUUUGCUUCUAUCUAUAUUUUACUUUCUGAUGAUUACAAUAGUGAGCCAGUGCAACUGUUUUUGAUUUGAUUAUACAAAUGAGAUACAGUAUAUGACGAUGCAUUACUUGGAGCAAUCAAAACUCAAACGGGUGUCUCAGAGGCCACCUUUUUCCGACUGUAGAUAUCAUGUAGCUGCGUCAACACACAUGCGGAUCAUGCUUUUAGUGUAGAAACGUUCAUCUGGAUUCUCUCGCGUUCUUGACCACGGAGCAAAUUAUGAGAAAGGGCCACAGUGCGGAUCCACGUUGGUGCAAUUUGAAAGAUUAUAGGGCAAAAAAAAAACAAACUAGUGAUGCAAGACUGCCACUGCAUUCAACAUGUUUUCCCAUCUUGAAUCCUUCCAUCCUGCGUUCAUUAGAUCUCCGUAUGGAUCUCAUCACUCCAACCAGGACCCUUAGGUGUAAAGCCUCUUCCCUUCUGUGAUAGUGGACUGUUGUAAACUUACUGUAGUGAGUCUUUCUCUGCCUGCUGACGGCCAGUUGUAUCUAAUCUAUGUAUUGUGGUUUGAUAGUGGUAGCACAGUCUACAGGCUUGACGCAGUGAUAGAGGAAGACUUCAAAAGGGCAUUUCUAUUUUCUUUUAUAUUAAAGUAAAUUAAAACAGUAAAAAAAAAAAACAGUUGAAUUUCAAAUAAGGGAGUUGAACAAAGUCUCCACAUAGCCCAUGCUACUUUGUUCCUUUCUCCCCUGACUUAUGACCUCACAUUAAGAAUAAAUGCAAAAUGUAUAAACUGUACAUAAUAGGGGUCUAAACUCUUUAUCCAGCCCCUUUUUAAUCAAAUUCAAAAUUGUAGAGAGAUAAAAUUCAUGAAAAAAAGCAACCACUGGAUAUCAUUUUAUCAGAAAACUAAAUGUGUAUAUAUCUAUAAAUAUAUGUAAAAUGGCAAACUAAGUAAUAUCUUUAUGUAUAUGAACCAGAGUGUUUUUGCAUUUAACUUUUUUUUUUCUUUUUUUUUUUCCCUAUCUGCGUUUUUUCCUACAAGACCAUAUACAGUUGAACUAAAAAGGUGUGAUGUUUCUCUUGUCUUCACCAAUGAAUUUUGGAAGACUUGUGGUGGUGAAUGGCAAACAUUUAAGAUGGGAUUCAUGCAAAGUUUUUUCAUGGAAAUAGAUACUACUUUUUUGUUUUGUUUUUGAAAGAUACAGCAGUAAAAUGGUGCAUAGCAUUUGCGUAUUUAUGUAAUAUUGUUCACGUAUAUUUCUUUUAUUUAUGCGACUGCUUGUGAAUUACUGAACCCUGUCCUUGAAUCAGUGACAGUUUAAUUAGCAUAUACAGUAAAUGGAAAAUCUUGAAUGUCCCAAGAUGAUACUGUUUUUGAUUCGUGUCCUGUUGUUUUCUUCCCCUCCCCUCCCUGUAGAAGUGAAUGUUUUAUAUGACUUAUGAAAAGGCCGCAUAGCCGGACAAUGGUAUGACUUCAAUAAUCGAAAAUAUCUUCAUUAAUUACAUGUGAAUUGCACUCAGCAUUAUUUUAUUUAUACAUCCUCCGAACUAGCAUUGGUUCUUUUAAGGGUAGUCUGUUAAUAAACAUGGGCGCUUACUGGAUUUUAAGUAACUCUUGCCCCCCUUUGUUCUUUUGAAAUCUCUUAAUUUAAGCUCUCUACUCGUGUUGUAAUUAAAUAAAUCCUGAUUUUGGUUUUCAACCUGAUCUACUUUUUAAAAAAGAUGCUGCAACUGUACAGCAGAGCUACUUUUAGGGAAUAUGAAUAAAAUGGUAAUUUUUAUUGUAUGUGGCAUGUUUUGUAUGGAUAUAAUUUUGAAUUGUACAUAUUUUUUGACGUCAGAGGUUGCAUCUCUUUAUAUACGGCUGUCCCCUUCCCUCCCAGCCCUCCAUUUAUUUCUGUCUCUGCUUUCUUUCUUGUAAAGAAAAAUAAAAUGCAUUUUAAAUAUAAA